GCGCACGGUGUCUUUCGCUCCUGCCCACUCUUCUCGUAGUGAUCUGUUUGUGCGUCUUUGCGUCUUGGAGCUGGAAUUUGGGAAGUGGAAAUGCCACUGUUACUUUCACAGUUGGCGUCAAGUCGAAUGAGAGUGACCCUCUGACAUUCUACUGUGUCGGUCAGACAGCGCGCAUCGGGAAAGGGUCGAACUGUUACCGAACGAACGCAGUCAAAAGGAAUAGGAAUUGGGGAUUUUAGACGGGGUAGUAGUGAGUGUAUGAGAUAUUAUUGAAUCUUUUAAGUUUUUUAUUCCACUUUUGAUAUACAAUUAUCAGUUAUCGAUUGAUAGCCUAACUAUUGGGGCACUUUAGGCGUCUGGAUUUUCGGAAUCAACAAUUGUUUUCUGCGAUUGGAUUAUUAUUAUUAUUAUUUUUCUGGGAAAUGGCAAAUUCUUAUUCUGCGAGAGAAACACGACUUUCCGAGGAAAGAGGAAACAGCCGCUGAAAAAGCUACUAAAGGAUGCUGGCAACCUGAAGCUGUCAGACGAAUUUCUCCUACAUUUCUGAGACAUUUGUUGUUUUGCUUUGAGGACUAUAAAACGGUGGAAAUAUCAAAGUUUCUUUUUAUUUUUUCUUCUUUAUUUUUUUGGGACAGAUUUGUGUGUUUUACAGUCCAAUGAUGUAUUGUGGAUUUAUACUGUUAUUUUCAACCCAACUCAUUGUUGUGGCUCCAUUGAUUCAAAGCGUUGCAGAUAAAUGUGGAGAUAACAUUGAGAUAACCAAUGCAGAUUAUCUCACCUCGACUGGCUAUCCGACCUCAUACCCUCCAUCACAGCAAUGUAUGUGGGUGAUAUCAGCCCCAGAACCGGGCCAGAAGAUACUCAUCAACUUUAACCCUCAUUUUGAUCUGGAGGACCGAGAAUGCAAGUAUGACUAUGUGGAGGUGUUUAACGGUGGGGACGAGAAGGCUCCAACCCUGGGGAAGUUCUGUGGGAAGAUCGCCCCCUCCCCUAUCAUCUCAAGCGGCAGCCAGCUUCUCAUCAAGUUUGUGUCCGACUACGAAACCCACGGGGCUGGAUUCUCCGUACGUUACGAGGUCUUCAAGACAGGACCUGAGUGCUCCAGAAACUUCACCUCGUCCAAAGGCGUUAUAAAGACGCCAGGCUUCCCAGACAAGUACCCCAACAACCUGGACUGUACCUUCAUGAUCAUCGCCCCCAAGAUGUCCGAGAUCGUGGUGGACUUCGACACGUUCGAUAUGGAGCCUGACACCACCCCUCCACCCGGGGCACUGUGUCGCUACGACUGGCUGGAGAUCUGGGAUGGGUUCCCUGCAGUGGGUCCCCACAUCGGGCGGUACUGUGGUAACAGCAGUCCUGGACGGGUCAUCUCCUACACUGGGAUCCUGUCUAUGACCAUCAACACUGACAACGCCAUCGCCAGAGAGGGCUUCUCAGCCAAUUACACUGUCAGAGAGAAGAGCCUGCCACAGGGACAGACACCAGAGGACUUUAAGUGUGUGGAGGGCCUGGGGAUGGAGUCAGGGGCGAUCACCUCGGAUCAGAUCACUGCCUCCUCUCAGUACAACUCUAACUGGUCUCCUGAGCGCUCCAGACUCAACUACAAAGAGAAUGGCUGGACCCCCUCUGAAGACUCCAGCAGAGAGUGGAUUCAGGUGGACCUGGGAUUUCUCCGCUUUGUCUCAGCCGUGGGAACACAGGGCGCCAUCUCCAAGGAAACCAAGAAGGAGUACUUUGUCCGCUCCUACAAAGUGGAUGUGAGCUCCAAUGGAGAGGACUGGGUCACAAUAAAGGAGGGCUCAAAGCAGAAGAUUUUCCAGGGGAACCACAACCCUACAGAUGUGGCCAGGUCGUUCCUGCCCAAGCAGACCCUGGCACGCUACGUCCGCAUCAGACCCAUGUCCUGGGAGACAGGCAUAUGCAUGCGCUUCGAGGUUUACGGCUGCAAGACCUCAGACUACCCCUGUUCAGGCAUGCUGGGGAUGGUCUCCGGACAGAUCUCAGACGCCCAGGUCACUGCGUCGUCGCACGCGGAGCGUGGCUGGGUACCGGAAAACGCCAGACUGCUGACUGGGAGGUCGGGAUGGACCCAGCAACAGACCAGACAGCCCUUCAGGAACGAGUGGCUGCAGGUGGACCUGGGCCAGGACAAGCUGGUCAGCGGCCUGGUUAUCCAGGGAGGACACCACAGAGACAAGAAUGUGUUCAUGAAGAGGUUCAAGGUGGGUUACAGCAGCAACGGCUCUGACUGGACCAUGGUGAAUGAAGACAACGAUGCCAAGCCUACGAUCUUUAUUGGAAACCAGAACCAUGACACCCCAGAGCUGCGCACGCUGGGCCCUCUGCUUACUCGCUUCCUCAGGGUUUACCCAGAGAGAGCCACCCCCGAGGGCCUGGGCCUCAGACUGGAGCUGCUGGGCUGUGAGAUCCAGGAGCCCACAACUCUCCCACCGACCACGCCUGUAGCGAUCACGUUUGCUGUAACCACGUUCGCUGCCACCACGACUGCGUCUGUGACCACGCCCGCACCGACGUCAGAAGAGUGUGACGACGAGCAGGCCAGCUGUCACAGUGGAACAGGAACAGGAACAGGAGGGGAGGACUACGACACAACAGGUGACACCACAGUGGCAGACCCUAUCAUGGAGGGAGACCGCAUACCAGAGUACCUGUGGUUUGCGUGUGACUUUGGCUGGGCGGGCAACCCGUCGUUCUGCGGCUGGACACUGGAGACGGAUGCGGGUGCUGGGUGGAUGAUUCAGACCAGCGGGGCCUCUACAGUCCACAAAGGACCCAACCUAGAUCACACAGGAGGUCCAGGAAAUUUCAUCUACAUGCAGCUGGCUGCUGAGACCGAAAGGAAGGAGGAGGAAGCAGAGGAGGAGAGGAUGGAGGAGAGGGUGGCACGCCUAGCUAGCCUGCCCAUCACCGCCCCUGACACAGACCUGUGUGUGUCCUUCUGGUACCACAUGUUCGGGGAGCACGCUGGCACCCUGCACAUCAAACAGAGCAGGGAGACAGAGGAGGGAUGGGCUGAGGCACUACUCUGGACUGUCAGUGGACACCAGGGCAGCCGAUGGAGGGAGGGACGAGUGCUGGUGCCCCACUCUAACACACCCUAUAAGGUGGUGAUUGAGGGAGUGGGAGACAGGAGCACAGGACAUAUCGCGCUGGACAAUAUCAAGAUCCUGGAUGGACUCACAACAGAGGAGUGUAAGGAUCCAGAUAUACCAGAGGCUCCUACGUCCCAGCCAACAGAGAUCUGCAUAUACCCAAUAGACCCAUACUACCCAGCGGUAGUGGAGAACAGCGAGCUGGGUGGCCCAGGCAACAUGCUGAAAACCCUGGACCCCAUCCUCAUCACCAUCAUCGCUAUGAGCGCUCUGGGGGUCUUGCUGGGGGCUAUCUGUGGUGUCGUCCUUUACUGUGCCUGCUCACACGGCCACAUGUCCGACAGCAGGAACUUGUCCGCUCUGGAGAAUUAUAACUUUGAGCUGGUGGACGGAGUCAAGCUAAAGAAGGACAGCAAGUUGAAUGCACAGAACAGCUACUCAGAGGCGUAAGCUAAAGGCGUGAGCUUCCUCUGAGGGAAGGGAGCACAAGCAGCCUCAUAGCUGGAGGAACUAGACCACCGGACGUAGGGUUGGGACCCAAACGGCACCGUAUUCCAUAUAUACUGCACUAUGUAGGGGAUAGGGUGCCCUGUAGUGCACUAUGUAGGGGAUAGGGUGCCAUUUUGGACGCAGCCAGCCGUAGAGAUGGUAGGAGGUUGUGACCGAGUCAUGAUAUUCUCAGGAGCUGCAGUGAAAGGAAUUUACCAGUAGGGGGGCACUGUGUAUAAAGAAAAUGUGUACAGCAAAAAGGAUGAUUUAGUUUUGUGACGUGCUUUGUUUUUAUGUAAUCAGAUGCUGGUGUUGAGACCAAUUAAUAUGAAAGUAUUUAUCAUGUUUUUGUUAUUUUUCUUCUGAAAAUAUAUGAUUUUUCAUUUUUCUUCUGAAGUCAUUACUGUUUCACAGAAAGAAAGAGCAUAAAAACUUUGAUUCCCUAUCCUGACGUGCGGCUGGCUAUUUAGCUGGCCAUGUUAUAUUUCUGUUGUAUGUCUGCAUCGAUUUGUGCAUUUUGUGCGUGUGUGAGUAUAUGUGUGUGUAUGUGCGUGUGUGUGUGUGUGUGUGUGUGUGUGUGUGUGUGUGUGUGUGUGUGUGUGUGUGUGUGUGUGUGUGUGUGUGUGUGUGUGUGUGUAUCCAGAGGGGUGCUUGCCCUGGCCCUAGACCUGUGUCUAGUUCCGACAGUGCCUUUUGAAAGUUUGUGUUGCCUUUUCUCUACUGAUUCUGUUCAUAGCAGUACAUAGGCAUCCAUUGGUAGAGUCUGAUUCUGUUUUGAUCACAGUAGUACAUAGGCAUCCACUGGUAGAGUCUGAUUCUGUUUUGAUCACAGUAGUACAUAGGCAUCCACUGGUAGAGUCUGAUUCUGUUUUGAUCACAGUAGUACAUAGGCAUCCACUGGUAGAGUCUGAUUCUGUUUUGAUCACAGUAGUACAUAGGCAUCCACUGGUAGAGUCUGAUUCUGUUUUGAUCACAGUAGUACAUAGGCAUCCACUGGUAGAGUCUGAUUCUGUUUUGAUCACAGUAGUACAUAGGCAUCCACUGGUAGAGUCUGAUUCUGUUUUGAUCACAGUAGUACAUAGGCAUCCACUGGUAGAGUCUGAUUCUGUUCUGAACAUAAUUAUGUAUAAGCAUCAGCUGGUUAGAGUCUGAUUCUGUUCUGGUCAUAAGAGUGAGUAGGUAUCAGCUGGUUAGAGUCUGAUUCUGUUCUGAUCAUAGAAGUGCGUAGCCAUCGGUUGGUAGAGUCUGAUUCUGUUCUGAUCACAGUAGUACAUAGGCAUCCACUGGUAGAGUCUGAUUCUGUUCUGAACAUAAUUAUGUAUAAGCAUCAGCUGGUUAGAGUCUGAUUCUGUUCUGGUCAUAAGAGUGAGUAGGUAUCAGCUGGUUAGAGUCUGAUUCUGUUCUGAUCAUAGAAGUGCGUAGCCAUCGGUUGGUAGAGUCUGAUUCUGUUCUGAUCACAGCAGUACAUAGGCAUCCACUGGUAGAGUCUGAUUCUGUUCUGUACAUAGUUAUGAAUAAGCAUCGGCUGGUAGAGUCUGAUUCUGUUCUGGUCAUAAGAGUGAGUAGGUAUCAGCUGGUUAGAGUCUGAUUCUGUUCUGAUCAUAGCAGUGCGUAGCCAUCGGCUGGUAGAGUCUGAUUCUGUUCUGAUCAUAGCAGUAAGUAGGCAUCCACUGGUAGAGUCUGAUUCUGUUCUGAUCAUCAUAGCAGUACAUAGGCAUCGGCUGGGGGAGUCAGAUUGGCAGGACUUCUUGCCAUCCCCAUAGUACAUGACACAUCCAACUUAUUGUACAUAGGUUUUAAUAUAUUUGAGCGGCCUUUUAUAUAAAAAAAAAAAUACUAACUGCUGCAGUAUCCUUUCUUUGUGCUCUCUGUAUCAUAGGUGAUGUUGUCUGGAUGUCAUCAUGUAUUUAAUGGGUAUUUUGUGUUGUUAUGUUCCAUUGGUGCUCUCACAAUGCUGCCUGGGAAAAGAGUGUGUUAUUAUGGCCAUUGGUUAUGUUUGCUACAAAGGCCUAACAAGAAGAGAGUGAAGAGCCCAUCGGCUGUGUCUGAAAUGACACCCUAUUCCCUAGAGUGCACUACGUGCCCUGAUCAAUAGUAGUGCACUAUAUAGGGAAUAAUGUGGCAUUUGGGACGCAACCAGACAACAGACAUCUCUAGGAGAGAAAAAAGAUGUAUGACACUGCUAUGACAAUACUUGGGCCAGUUUCCCAGACACAGAUUAAGAAUCUCUUUGAGAAUGCUUUUUAGUCCUGGACAAGGCUUAAUCUGGAUUCUGGGGAACUGGCCUUACAUGUCUAUGGUAGAAUGAUGGACCUUGCUAGAAUGAAAGAUACUCUUCUGCCAUGCUGUUUUCAUGUACUGUAGCUUACAUCCUAUGUGCUCUCCUUUUGUCUGUAUUGAACGCUAACGUAAAGAGUUCAUGAAAAACGGUGUACUAUAUAAAACGGCGAAAACAUGGAUCCAAGGUUCAAUGAAUGGAUGUAAUGUAGCUAUACCGUAUAUUCCUUCGGCCAGGGUCUAUCUGAGCUUCUAUGUUUCCUUCAUUCAGGCAACCUAGUUAGACAGCUGCUUCAUGGUUCUGCUUUGAACUCUUAAUGGUAUUCCAUAUUCCAUAGGAUUAGAAUCAUUCGAAUUAGAAUGAGUCAUUCCUGUAACUAUGGUUGCACCACUCAAAAAUGUAAGCGCCUAAUGUUUUGGUGUGGUCCUCUUCAAUAGGAAAGGAUGCUGCAGGACAAGAUGUGAAAACAAUGUUGCACUGAUAUAUUUAAAAGAUCUUUGUGUUGUUUAUGAUAUUGUUUUGUGAAAAAAAAGAGAGAGAGAAAGCGAGAGAAGGAUAAGACAGUGUUACAGAUAACUAUUUUAUAUGGUUUCAGAUAACAUGAUAUAAUUCUGAAAUGUACAAUUAUGGAGAUGUUUUUCAUUAUUGAAAAAGCUAUACACGUCUCUUUACUUACGUAAUGUUUAUAUUUAGUUGGUAUGUUAUAUCACCUUAUGUUUUUGUACUGUCACAAAUGUCUGUGCCAUUUUUUUCUACAAAAUGUUUUUUUUUCCCAAUACUGCUAAAUGUAAUUUGCCAUCCCAGAUAUAAAAAAAAGAAAAGAAAAAAUGAUUAAGCAGUUAAGGCCUUAUUGACUGAGAUAAUUAUGUUUCUAUACUUGGACCCAAAUGUCCGCAUUCCCUAUACUGUGCAAUAUCUUUGUCCAGGGCCCAUAGGGCUUUGGUCAAAAGUAGUGCACUAUAAAGGGAAUAGGGCUCCAUUUGACUCCCUGGUCAGCUUCAAUACCUAUGUUGUCUCUGACUGAUCAAUGACUACUACAUUCCAAAGAAUUGGAUCAAAUAAAUGUUUGAAUAAGA